GAGUUUGCCUUCCUGCCUGAGCAUGACGCGGAUAUUCUGCGCAAGCAGGUCGAGGUGCCGACGAUCAAGGCGACUUUUUUCACGCUGUUUAGAUAUGCGGACAGGAAGGAUAAGAUGAUUAUGCUUGUCGCGCUUAUUGCUUCUAUUAUCUCGGGUGCCAUGCGUCCUUUGAUGACCAUCGUUUUUGGUAAUGUCGCGCAGACGUUUACAGAAGUUGGCCCUCGCGCGAUGAUGAUGGGAUACUACAACUCGACCGACUAUGAAUACUUUGUGUAUAUUGGAAUAUUGUCACUCACCUCGACUUACCUCUCCACCUUCCUCCUCAUGGACCGCGGCGAAAUCCUCUCCGGCCGCAUCCGCGAGCACUACCUGAGCGCGACACUCCGUCAAAACAUCGCGUACUUUGACAAACUCGGCUCUGGUGAGAUCACGACGCGCAUCUCGGCCGACACAAUCAUCGUGCAGGAAGGAAUGUCGGACAAAGUCGGGCACAUGCUGCAGAAUCUGUCGACCUUCGUCGUCGCCAUCUUGGUGGCCAUGAUUCGUUCGUACAAGCUCACGCUCAUUCUCCUGUCUGUGCUGUUUGCCAUCACGAUGGUCAUGUCUGUGAUUACAAAGCUGAUGGUCAAGUACUUCCGUCUGUCGCUCGGGGGAUACUCUGUCGGCGGAACGUUGGCCGAGGAGGUCAUUUCUUCGGUUCGCAACGUCCAGGCGUUUGGAGUGCAGGAGAGACUCGCGCUUCAGUACGACAAGUAUCUGGCCAUUACCGAAAAGUGGGGUCUUAAGGCCGGAUUUGCGCUGGGCGGAAUGAUUGCAUUCAUGUGGUUUGCAGUUUACUGCAACUACGCCCUCUCGUUCUGGCAAGGCUCCCGUUACAUCGCCAGUGGCGAACUCGAGGUCGCCAACGUGAUCUCAGUCCUGAUGUCGAUGAUGAUGUGCUCCUUCAACUCGUCCUCGAUCGCCCCCAACAUCAAGUACGUCACCAACGCCGUUGCUGCCGCAUCCAAGAUCUUUGCCACCAUCGACCGCGAGUCGGCAAUCGACUCGGCCUCGCCCACGGGCGCGACGCUUGACCACGUUGAAGGCGCGAUCGAGUUGAAGAAUAUCAGGUUCAUUUACCCUUCGCGUCCUGACGUUACCGUCCUGCAGAACUUUAGCCUUUCGGUUCCUGCGGGUUCGACUGUGGCACUAGUUGGCGCAAGCGGAUCGGGAAAGUCGACCAUCAUUGGUUUGCUGGAACGGUUUUACAAGCCUGUAGGUGGAAACAUCACGCUUGACGGACAUGAUAUCAACUCGCUCAAUUUGAAGUGGCUCCGCCGACACAUCUCGCUGGUCUCGCAGGAGCCGGUGUUGUUUGCUUGCUCGGUCUAUCAGAAUAUUGCCUAUGGUCUACUCGGCACUCCGUACGAGAACGCGUCGGAAGAGGAGAAACGUGCGUUGGUGACCGAGGCGUGCGUGCAGGCUAACGCGAUGAUGUUUAUCGACAACUUACCGGCCGGUCUUGACACCGACGUUGGUGAGCGCGGAUUUUUGCUCUCGGGAGGCCAGAAGCAGCGGAUCGCAAUCGCGAGAGCUAUCGUCAGCAACCCCAAGAUUCUUCUACUCGACGAAGCGACUUCUGCGCUCGACACCAAGAGCGAGGGUGUUGUACAGGACGCGCUGGACAGGGCGUCGAAGAACCGCACGACGAUCGUGAUUGCGCAUCGUCUGUCGACUAUUCGUGACGCGGACAUGAUUGUUGUCAUGUCCAAGGGCGAGAUCGUCGAGAUGGGAACGCAUAACGAGCUGUUGGAUAAGAAAUCAAUGUAUGCGAGCCUUGUUGAGGCGCAGAAGAUUGACAAGCUGAAGGAGUCGAAGCUGGCGGGUUUGGCGCACAAUGAUGCAGAUGAUGACUCGGCUAUCGAGAUGGGUGACAUCGCGUCGUCGUCGAUUGCCGACGCAGACGACGCAAAGCUGGCGCGGACGAAGACGAAUGCUUCGGCGCGAUCGGUUUCCAGUCUGGCGAUUGAAAGCCGCGAAGUUCCCGCCGAGCGGACGUACACCCUCGGCCAGCUCAUCAAGUCUGUCUUCCACAUCUCAGCGCCGGAGCACAAGUGGCUCUUCAUUGGCUUUGGAGGUGCGGUCGUCAACGGUCUGGCGUAUCCGGCGAUCUCUGUGUUGUACGCAUACUGCAUCAACGCGUUCCAGGCUGGACGGACCGAUAUUUGGUAUAUGCGCAACACGGUAAAUCUUCUUGCCGGAAUGUUUAUGGUGCUGGCGCUGAUCGAAGGCGCUGCGUUUGUGGUCGUCAACAGCUCGCUUGCGUUUGUCGCGCAGCGUCUGAUUCGACGUAUUCGAUUCCAGUCGUUCCGCCAGAUCCUGCGACAGGAUAUCGCGUUCUUCGACCGCGACGAAAACACGACGGGCGCGUUGACUUCGACCUUGUCGCGCGACGCGCAGUCGAUCGAGGGCUUGUCCGGAGCCACGCUGGGCCAGAUUCUCAACUGCUCAAUCAACCUGAUCACGGGCCUUAUUCUUUCUCUUGCGGUGGCUCCUAAGCUUGCGAUCGUGUGCAUUGCGUGCAUCCCCGUGCUGAUUUCGUGCGGAUACUUCCGCUUUGCGGUGCAGGCGCGGUUCGAGGAGCAGAUCAAAAAGUCGCAUGGCAAGUCCGCCGCGCAGGCGUGUGAGGCCGCGGCCGCGAUCCGCACUGUUGUCUCACUCACGCGCGAGGACGACGUGCAGCGCGCGUACCACGAAGCGCUGGAGAACCAGGUCAAGAUCUCGCGGCCGGCGACGCAUAAGUCUGCGUUUUUGUUUGGUGCGUCGGAAGGUAUUGGGUUUUUCAUCAUGGCGCUCGCGUUCUGGUACGGAAGCCGGUUUAUUGCGAGUGGGGAGUACUCUGUCACCCAGUUCUUUAUCACGUACGUGGCUGUGAUUAUGGGAUCGCAGUCUGCGGGUAUUGCGUUUUCGUUUGCGCCGGAUAUGGGCAAGGCGCACUCUGCGGCCGAGAACAUCACGCGACUGCUUGAGCGCGUGCCCGAGAUCGAUGCGUGGAAGACAGACGGCGAGGUGCUUGAGACGGUCGAAGGAGAUAUCGAGUUCCGUGACGUGCAUUUCCGGUACCCGACGCGGUCGCAGGUGCCGGUUCUGCGCGGACUGAACCUGACGGUUAAGAAGGGACAGUACGCGGCGCUGGUGGGUAUGUCUGGGUGCGGCAAGAGUACGACGAUCUCGUUGAUUGAGUCUUUCUACCGGCCUCUGGCGGGACAGGUGCUGCUUGACGGACACGAUAUCGCAGGCCUGUCGAUCAACGAGUACCGAAGCCACAUUGCCUUUGUGCAGCAGGAGCCGGUGUUGUACGCGGGCAGCAUUCUGGACAACAUCAAGCUCGGAUCGCCGGAUCCCGAGCAGCUGACGGAGGAGGACAUUGUGGAGGCCGCCAAGCAGGCGAAUAUCCACGACUUUGUGUCGUCGCUUCCGGACGGGUACGAUACCCUGUGCGGAGCCAAGGGAAUCCUUCUCUCGGGCGGACAAAAGCAGCGCAUUGCGAUCGCACGCGCGCUGAUCCGUAAGCCAAAGGUGCUGCUUCUAGACGAGGCUACCUCUGCGCUUGACUCUGAGUCCGAGAAGAUCGUGCAGGCGGCGCUGGAUACGGCCGCGCAGGGCCGGACGACGAUCGCGGUCGCGCACCGACUGAGCACGAUCCAGGGCGCGGACGUGAUCUACGUGUUUGACGCGGGCCGGGUGUGCGAGAGCGGAACGCACCAGGAGCUGCUGGCCAAGAAGGGCAAGUACUAUGAGCUUGUACAGAUGCAGGCUCUUGAGCGAACG